UCUAUUGGUCCUUCAAACGGUGACGUCACUUCACUAGGAACUGGUCAUCUCUUUUGUGAGAUUUGUGUAAACAUUGGUACAUGCUCGACUAUUAACCCAGCGCGAGGAAAGGCUCGGAAUCACCAUUGUCUUUAUUAAAAAAACAAUAGCCUUGUAUUGUUCGCCAUUAAGCGGCUCUAAUGUCUGCGUCGGCUGAUAUCCACGCGACGCUCGCGUCGAUCCUCGAGCGCUUCGCCAAAUGCGCGCUGCUGGAGAUGAGUCGCGCGGUGGAGCAGGAGAUGACGCGCCGGAAGAUGGAGGUCGAGACGCUGAUGCUCAAACUGCAGUUUACCGAGAGCGAACUGCGAUCAGCCCGAAAGAACCAGUCGAACCUGCGCUCAGUGGGAACACAAGUGAACACCAGCGGACAGAGAGAGGUAUGCAGGCUCAUGCAGGAAGACGGAAUCAAAUCCAUUCAGAUCAAAGAGGAACACAUGGAGGACGAACAGUGGGACAGUGGACCGAUUUCUCCUGCUCUUUCCCCGUUGGGUCCAGAGGUGGAAGACCAGGAUAGUUUCGGCACGGGAACAACAGGACCAGCUAGAGUUGGUAGUGAUUUUAUCUUAACGAGUAAAAUGAAGCCCGUUGGUAUGUGGAAUUCACCGGUGUCCCAGGAAUAUCCAGCGAACUCCGGAGCCCUGAGUUUGGACGCUUCUCCUCUGGAAACAGGAAACAUGUACCACAUUAUCAGCUUUGUGGACACUGAAGAGGUGGAGGUCGUGCCUGCGUUCUGGGUGAAGAACGGUGUGUGUUCGUGGCCUCCGUACAUGGAUGAGGGCGUUCAGAGAGCGAGCGAGAGCUCGGAGCAGCCGCAGGAGUCCUGGGCGGCCCAUAAGGUUAAAAUCAUGUAUACUGCAAAUAGUUACAGUGAAGCGAUGCGAAAGCUUCCUCUCGUGGAACAGCAGAAUGAUGUCCGCUUACAGGACGGGACCGGCUCCCCGAGGACACUCAAACACAAAAUAAAACGAAACAGACGGCUUCUGGAUGAAUACGACGCUGAUUUGGAGGCCGUCGCACCCCAAAACACUGAUUUACCCCCUCAAAUACAACCUCCAUGCAAAAAAACGAUUCUGUCAGCGUCUAACGAGCCGAGUCGACCCCUGGCCCCUGUCCGGCCCCAGACGGGCCCGAGUGAACCCUCAACGCCACCCGUGUUGGAGUGGCAUCACGUGACUCUCGGGUCGUCGUCUUCAUGCCAGGCGAUUGAGCUUCCCGAGCCGUGGCCCGAGAGAACCACACCGGACCCCCAGUCUCCAGAACCGGCGACUCCGUCACUGUGGCAUCAGGAGACGAGCCCCUCGUGCUGCGACCCCUUCAUCAGAUCGCUUCUUCACGACCUGACCACUAAACAGGAGAUUGUUAUCGGGCAGCAGAUGAGCUUAAUAAGGAUGGUUCAGGAUCUGCAACCACACGGUGUGCGGGAAAACUCAGACGCCGACUGCUUAAAUCAAAGACGCUUUCCCAUCGAAGACCUGAGGUCGUUAUCCGCCCUGGAGAACCAGCUGCGCUCCUGUCCCGAGACCCGAAGGAGAGUGGUGGAUGAGCUGGGAUUGCUGGGCGGAGUGGACGUGAAGGACACGGUGUGGCGAAUAAUGAAGCAGGCCAUCAAAAAUGACUUGGCCAAAACUGUGAACUGGAGAGGUGUGAACGGGAAAACAUCUUUCCAAAGUUUAGAGUUUAAAAACGUUGUGAUUGAGGCUGUGAGGAGAAACCCCACGUGUGCGCAGAUAACGGAGCUGGAGGUGGAGAAGGCCAUCAUUCGCUGGUUUCAUCUGGCCGGCGACCGCGAGGGUGGACGGAAGAAGAGAACGCCGCUGCAAGACGUCGGUGUCGAGAACUGAGGAAAAACAUGCGUUUAUCAGUAUCUUUACAAUUGUAUUGUUUUGCUUUUAAUUUUGCCUGUACAUAUUUGCACAUCCGUCGAUAUAUAUUUUAUAUUUCAUUAGUCUUUUAUACUCAUUUACCCUAUGCAAUGUAACGUUACAUAUUCAAGUGCAUCUUUAUAGUUUGAAAUAUUUAUUGCAUGUUUUUUAUUUGUGUGCCUAUUUAUUUGUUGCCUUCGUUUUAUUGUCUUAUUGUACAUCCAAACUCUAUGGAAGCUUGUUUCUGCCACAGAAUUAAACAUUUUAAAAGAUAUAUGUGA